GACUCACAGACGACAGUGUAUCUGCUUCGACCUCACCAUAAACCUGAAAUAAUACCCACUCUCCCCCCUCUCUCUCUCUCUCUCUUCACUUUUUUUUUUUUUUUUUUGCUUCAUCUCUCUGCCUUUUACUUUUCACUUCCCAUUCAAAAGGCACCACCACCUACACCUUUCUCUCUCACUCUCCCUCUUCUCUCUUCUUUCUUCUCCAUUUUGUAUAUUCAGUUUGGUUCCCGAGAAAGCGUGGGAAACGAUUGAGACCAACAAAAACUCUCUUUCCCCACCGUUUCUUACCUUCCAAACACUAAAUCUUGUCAGCAACAAGAAAGAAAAGAAAAGAAAAAUGGAGUCUUGGAAUUUCGCCUCUGAAGAGCUAGAUUGGUCGGACGCGUUUGCGAGAACCAGAAGAGCUCUAAUCCAAUGCGAAAACGGGUUCAUACCCAAUAGAGAAUCUGCGGAGAGCUUUGAAUCCACGGAACUGGGUCUUCCCGAGAUGUUCAGAAGGACCAUUCAAAGCAGUAAUGAGAUGUUUUGUGGUGGUGGGGGUGGAGAUUUUGGAACCUUGAUUUCUCCGAAUUCUUCUCUGGUUGAGGAAGAAUCUGGGUCCAAGGUUUCGGGGUCUUUGAUGGAGUCCAAUAAUAGCCAGGAUUCUUCCUUGAUUGCUUUGAAGCUUGGUGGUGGAGAAGGUUCAAAGGAGAGAUCACAUUCACAUUCGCAUUCAAAUUCACACCACCAGGUUUCUUCAUCUAUGGCGGCCAAGAGAGCUCGGACAAGGGGCUCUUAUUCACAGACACCGUUUUGUCAAGUCCAUGGUUGUAAUAUGGAUCUAACGUCCUCAAAGGAUUACCACAAAAAGCACAGAGUUUGUGAUGUUCACUCCAAGACUGCCAAAGUUAUUGUUAAUGGCAUUGAGCAGAGGUUUUGUCAACAGUGCAGCAGGUUUCAUAUGCUUGCUGAAUUUGAUGAUGGCAAGCGCAGCUGUCGAAGACGCCUAGCCGGCCACAAUGAGCGUCGAAGGAAGCCUCAGUUAGAUGGCCUUUCGGAUAAAGCACACAAGUUGUCACAUCCAUAUCAUGGCAAUAGAUAUAUGGGAACUUCUAUGCAAAAGAGAACACCCUUUGUAUUCUCAGAUAUACUUCCAGGUGUUGUUCUAUCUCCUGAUAAAUAUGAACAAGUUAACCAGUUUGGAGACAUCAAAUUUGAAGACGAGCCUAUUUACAAUCCCCAGUUAACCGUACCCAUCAUGAGUUCACAAUUGCUUUCCAAAUCCUUCAUCCAUCCCAUUGGCAUCGGGAAGCAACACUCUUCUGGAAUUCCUACAUCAGAAACUCACGACUACUGUUUUCACACGACAGCAGGCAUUCAGAAACUAUCCGGGGCAUCGCAAUCAACGUGUGCUCUCUCUCUUCUGUCAUCUCAAUCACAACACUUGCAUUCGACAGGAAUUCCUUCUCCCAGCCCCAUGAUAAUGCAAGGUGCUCAUCAAACUGUUGGUCACCUUUUGGACAAACCUCUGAGGUUAAGAUCCAUGGAAAGACAUGGAGGAGCAAACGGCUUCUACUCUUGUGCAAUGAACCCCGUGGGAGUUGUAGAGCAGUUCGAAUCCACGAUGUUUUCCGAAGCCAAUCCUGCUGUUGACUUUGAAGUUCAUGAUGCAGAUAGAGCUUUUCAAGAUUCCCACAAUUUGCAGACCAAAUAUUGUCUUGCACCUGAACAUGGAUCGACAGUCGACUUGCUUCAAUUGUCAUCACAUCUCCAACGAGUGGAGCACCAGAGAAACUUCAUGCAAGUGAAGCAGGAAAAUGAGGACUUCUGCUGUUUCCCAACUGCUUAAAGGAUAGCAAAGCAAGAGAGGUAUGCGGAAAAUCUACUUCAAAAUAUAGGUUCUUUGGCAUAGAAUUCAGCAAGGAUCUAAAUAGUCGUAUGUACCGAAUCCUACUUAAACUAUCAAAGGAAAGGUUUUUGAACGGAAACAAUGGGGAAAAGAGAAAUCAGUGAAAUUCCUGGUUUUUCUGUCUCUGCAUCUUUGUAAUUAGAUUUAUGUAGUCAUGUUGGAUUAAAUGAGAAAUUACUAAUGUUGGUGCAGGUUUAAGGGGAGACUGUUUGUGGACUCCUGCAUCAGAUUUUCUAGCUAACUUCAUUUGUGCAAUGGAUAAAGUGAUGUAACUUUAGAUACCACUUGUAGUAGUGACAUUACUUGAUACCACUUGUAGUGACAAUACUUUUGCAAAAAGGUUAAAAAAAAAAAGGAAAAAAAAAAAUCUAUCCAGAUUUUGCUGUUCUACAUUGAUGUGUAGGUUUUAUCUCUUUAACUGCCUUUGUUCACUUUAUUGGCAAA